UCAGUCUCUCCCCGGCUCGGUCUCUCUGCAUAGGCAAUCACAGCUCCUACUCGCAGACCCAACUCUCUCGCACUGAUUGCAAUGAAUUUUCUGCCUGAAUGUAGGUCGCUUACAACCGAGAACACGAGUUUCCUUCAAAUCCAGUGUUGUUGUCUUUCUUGUUGUUAUUUUUAAUAUUUUUUUUCCCCCUUCGUGGUCGUUGCAUUCCUUUGGAGAAGCGAAUCGCGUUGGAUUCCAAAAAGGAGAGCAGGAACCGUGUGUGAAUAAUCCCGGCUGCAUGAUAGUCCGAGAGGAUUUCCUGAAAGAAUCUGGCUGUGUAAAAAAGACCCCUAUGCUUCUGCAGCUAUUCCAGUGUUAAGGUUUAAUCACCUACUACUGUUGGAGAACAGGAAUGGCUGUCAAAGUCUACGUGAGCAGUGAAAUCUCCAGUAAAAGUGCCACUGCCAUGUGGAGAGAUUUAAGACAUUACCGUAGCUUGGAAUAAAGAUUGCCCUAAACUUCAACAUCUGAUUCCUCAACGGGAAAAACUUCUGCUGUGACUAAAAUGACAUCAUGCUGCCUCCUGUGGGGGAAUUCUGAAGCCUUCUCAAAAAUACGCCACAGUGGCUGACUGAGUGGGCUGGACUUCACUGGAAGAAGCCAUUUCGCCGGGGAAGUGGAAUAACUGUGGAUCUCUCCCUGCGCUACUUGCUGGGAAGUGCUGUGCAUUUCCAGGAUUAAGCCAAGGCUGAAGUCUGGGAUGGGCCUUAGGGCCAAACACUCCCUUGUUUCUUCUGACGUUGGGAUUUGUCUACGGCCAGUCAGCUGAGGCACCUACCACACAUCAGCUUUUGUUUUUCACUGCCUGAACAAGGUUACGUUUUCCUUCACUUCAUCUCCUUUUGACUACUUUUUUAUUUUAUUAGUUUUCAUUUUCCUUGACUGAUUAAUUUUCUCCUGGCUGUGGAAAAAAGAGCCCUGCUGAUGUUGAUUUAAAUAAUGUCGAAACCAAUGGGACUCCUAUGGCUGCCUUUGAUCUUCACCCCAGUGUGUGUCAUGUUGAAUUCUAACUUCCUCCUGUGGAUAACUGCACUGGCUAUAAGAUUUACUCUCAUCGAUGGCCAAGCACAAUACCCAGUUGUUACCACAAAUUAUGGCAAAAUACGUGGUUUAAGAACACCUUUGCCCAAUGAGAUCCUUGGUCCAGUGGAGCAGUACCUGGGUGUUCCUUAUGCCUCUCCUCCGACUGGGGAAAGGCGAUUUCAGCCCCCAGAGCCACCGUCAUCUUGGACGGGUGUCCGCAAUGCCACACAGUUUGCUGCUGUUUGCCCACAGUACCUGGAUGAGAGGUCACUGCUUAACGACAUGCUGCCAGUCUGGUUUACAGCCAAUCUGGAUACUGUGGUGACAUAUGUUCAAGAUCAAAAUGAAGACUGCCUGUAUUUGAAUAUCUAUGUGCCCACAGAGGAUGGAGCCAACACAAAGAAAAGCGCAGAUGAUAUAACCAGUAAUGAUCGUGGUGAAGAUGAAGACAUUCAUGAUCAGAACAGCAAGAAACCCGUGAUGGUCUACAUCCAUGGUGGCUCUUACAUGGAGGGUACUGGCAAUAUGAUUGAUGGCAGCAUUCUCGCAAGUUACGGAAAUGUCAUUGUUGUCACUCUCAAUUACAGGCUGGGGGUUUUAGGUUUUUUAAGUACUGGGGACCAAGCUGCAAAAGGCAAUUAUGGAUUGCUUGACCAAAUCCAAGCUUUACGUUGGAUUGAAGAAAAUAUUGGAUCUUUCGGAGGAGACCCAAAAAGAGUUACUAUUUUUGGAUCUGGGGCAGGAGCUUCCUGUGUUAGUCUCCUGACACUCUCUCACUAUUCAGAAGGUUUGUUCCAAAAGGCAAUCAUACAGAGUGGAACAGCCCUGUCCAGCUGGGCAGUGAACUACCAGCCUGCCAAGUACACUCGGAUAUUGGCAGAUAAAGUGGGCUGUGACAUGCUGGAUACCACUGAUUUGGUUGAAUGUCUUCGGAAUAAGAAUUACAAAGAACUCAUUCAACAGACCAUCACUCCAGCCACGUACCACAUUGCCUUUGGGCCUGUGAUAGAUGGAGAUGUGAUUCCAGAUGACCCUCAGAUUCUCAUGGAGCAAGGGGAAUUCCUUAACUAUGAUAUAAUGCUGGGUGUGAAUCAAGGGGAAGGUUUAAAAUUUGUAGACGGCAUUGUAGACAAUGAAGAUGGUGUUUCCCCCAAUGAUUUUGACUUUUCUGUCUCCAACUUUGUGGACAAUCUAUAUGGGUAUCCAGAAGGGAAAGACACACUGCGAGAGACCAUUAAAUUCAUGUACACUGACUGGGCAGACAAAGAAAACCCUGAAACAAGACGGAAGACCCUGGUCGCUCUUUUUACAGACCACCAGUGGGUUGCUCCAGCUGUGGCUACUGCUGACCUGCACGCUCAGUAUGGGUCUCCAACAUAUUUCUAUGCAUUUUAUCACCAUUGCCAAAGUGAAAUGAAACCCAGCUGGGCUGAUUCAGCUCAUGGUGAUGAAGUCCCUUAUGUGUUUGGGAUUCCUAUGAUUGGCCCCACAGAACUGUUCAACUGCAACUUUUCCAAGAAUGAUGUCAUGCUCAGUGCAGUAGUUAUGACAUACUGGACUAACUUUGCCAAAACUGGCGAUCCAAACCAGCCUGUUCCACAGGACACAAAGUUCAUCCACACAAAACCCAACCGCUUUGAAGAAGUGGCCUGGUCCAAAUACAAUCCUAAAGACCAGCUUUAUCUGCAUAUUGGCCUGAAACCCCGAGUUCGUGAUCACUACCGAGCAACGAAAGUUGCUUUCUGGCUGGAGCUUGUACCGCACCUUCACAACCUGAAUGAAAUAUUUCAGUACGUUUCCACAACAACUAAAGUGCCCCCUCCUGACAUGACAUCAUUUCCUUAUGUGACACGACGUUCUCCUGGUAAAUUGUGGCCAGCCACCAAACGUCCUGCAAUGACACCUGCCAACAAUCCUAAACAUUCAAAAGACACCCAUAAAACAGCUCCGGAGGAUACAACUGUUCUGAUAGAAAACAAGCGGGAUUACUCCACAGAGCUGAGCGUCACCAUUGCUGUGGGGGCGUCCCUGCUGUUCCUCAAUAUUUUAGCUUUUGCUGCAUUAUAUUACAAGAAGGACAAGCGGCGUCACGAGACUCACAGGCGCCCUAGCCCCCAGAGGAACACAACCAACGAUAUCGCACACAUACAAAAUGAAGAGAUUAUGUCAUUGCAGAUGAAACAGCUAGAACAUGACCAUGAGUGUGAAUCACUGCAGGCCCAUGACACACUGAGACUAACCUGUCCACCUGACUACACGCUUACUUUGAGAAGAUCCCCAGAUGACAUCCCACUAAUGACACCCAACACCAUAACCAUGAUUCCAAAUACAUUAACAGGAAUGCAGCCUUUGCAUACUUUCAACACCUUCAGUGGAGGACAAAACAGUACAAAUUUGCCCCAUGGACAUUCAACCACUAGGGUAUAGCUCAGCCCUUUCCCCCUCUACCCUCACAAGCCACUUGGAAGAAAGAAAAAACAAAUAACAAAAAAAGAGGAAAAAGUUAUAAUACCAUCCAUUGAACACCUUGUCAAAAUCUAAAGUAAAAACAAGUGAAAGAGAAGGACAGUUAUUAUUUUCUUACUGAUCCUUCCCACAGAAACUCUCUGAUGUUAAAGAUCAACUACAAACCCUGUGAAAUGUGAAAAGUGUACAUUGCUGUUACGAUACUGCUUUAAGAUCUCAGCCACUUUGAUUGAAAGUUGAGGCCGGAAGAAGUCACUUUAAAUGGUGUUUUGAGUGUAACAACAGAGUCUUCUGGAACACAGAGCCAGUGACUGUACAGGUGUUUUGUUUUGGGUUGCUUUUUUUUUAAUAAAUAAAAUAAUAAUUAAAAAAUCUUUAUGUGCCAUACCAUGAAUGGCCCUUGUUAACACAAAGACAUCACCAUGGGCUUUUACCCAGCAUAUGAAGCUGUAAUCCAGAUGGGGGAAAUAGAAUUUUAUUAUUAAAAACAAAAAUGAAAAAAAAAGAGGAGGACUGACUAUGCAGUAAAAUACGUAUAGUUCUGUGCAAAGAGAUGACUUGCCAGCCUGAACUAUAUUUAAAGAAACUUUGUAAAAAUGUACAUAGCUGUGAGUUUAAAAACAAACAGAACAAAAAAAAAAAAAAAAAAAAAAAGAAGCUUUUAUUGAUGUUUUCAGUUUGAAAAGAGCUUUUAGAAAGAUUGUGCAUUCGGUUGUGACCUAUGUGUAUAUACAUUAGUCAUAUCACCUCUGUUUCCUCCAAGUCCAAAGGAGGAGUUUCUUCUUAAUUACUAGUGGUAAACAAAAACCAUGAGUUUUUUCUAACAUGUUUCAUUUAUAUGAGGCCAUGGUGUCAUGCAGAAGAUACAGUUGUCUGUGUGACCUGCAUAUUUUCUCAUACAGGUUACACUAGUGCAUGUUAAAGUAUUCAUAGGAGAUUGUUGUUCUUUUCUGAAACUUUUUUUUUAUAAUUUAAUUUUGUGUUAGCCUUUGUUAAAUUGCAACACAGCAAUGGAUUGGAAAAUGGAGAAAAAAAACACAUGAAAGAAAAUAAUUACUAUUAUAAGCUUGUUGAACUGAACCAAGAAACAUUCAAUAAUAUAUAUUCAGAGUCCAGUUUGUAGUUCUUGGUUAUUGUGAUACAUUAGGAAGACUUUUGUGCCCUGACAAAAGCAAAGAAAGCCUGUGUUUUGGUCAGCCUUUUCUGAGGAAAACUAGCUCUAUAUUCACCAGCAGUUGCAGUGGAAUCUCAGCUGAGAAAGCACCUUCUUAGCUUUGCUAAAAGAAAUAAAACCACAAUAUGAAAGUGGGGAAAUGGUGGGUUGGUUGGCUGGCUGUUUCUUGAAGUGUUCAGAAAUGAUCAGUGUGUAAAGAACUUCUCUGCCCAGUAUCCUGUUUUGUGCUUGAGAGCAUACCUGUCAGAAAACACCUUUUUUUGCUGAUUUAUUACACAGCAGUCCCAUAGUCACUGAACAAUAUGGAGAGAGAAGCAGAGAUGUCAUCAGCUGUUCUGCAUCUGAAUAAAACUGAAAGUCCUGGAGAGCAUCACUUUCAGGAAGGGCAAAAUUCUUAGCUGGUUGUUCCAUUCUGCCCUUCCUUCACUAGAAAACCAGGGGCCAAGCAGAGCUAUCAAACAAAGGAACUUAGCAGUUUGAUUCAAACAACAGAUUUGAAUGUGAAAAGCUAGAGAUAGGUUCUCGCAGAUGAAGAUUGCUUUAUAUUUUGUCUUUGAAAAUUACUCCAUCAUCAAGAUAGUAACCAAAGAUAUUUGAACAAAUUGGUCUGCACUUGAACAUAAUUAUCCCAGAUGUAUUUUUUAUUAUUAAUUCACAACUAAGCUGCAUCAAUAUCAUAUGUCCCAUAAGUAUCUAACACAAGAUGCCUUGUACCUCUUCUUGUUUUCUAUGCUUUUUGUUUUCUAAUAAAAUGUCUUGGAAUAGUCACCCCUACAAAUAAAAUCAAAGACAAGGUGAUUCACUGAGGUCUAUUCAUCUGCACAGCUCCUUCUUGUAGCAGGCAGUAAAACAGGUUCUGAAGGAAGGAAAUAAAAAGAAAGUUAAUGACAUGAUAAAAAUGCAACAUAUGGCUGAUAUAAUCCUUUAUCUGUAAUAAAUGUUCUGUAAACCAGACCUGAAUGCUCAGGUUGGAAUGUGAUGAAGCAACAACCCCAAAGUACAAGUAGUAGCAAAUGGAAAACAUUUUUUUUUUCACUGAUCUGUCACAUAAUGUUGAUUAAAGCUGACUGUAUACCAGGCCAUUUCCACCACCUAUGUAAUGCCUCAGCUGAGAUGCAGCAGUUCAUAACUGUUAAAAAAAAGGUAAAAAAAAAAAAGAGAAAAAAAAAAGAAAAAAAAAGAAAAAAGUAAAAAAAGGUAAUGAUGCUUGGCAUCAUAAUCAGUUGGGUAUGUUUGUAAUGUGAAUUACAGUAUUGUUUAGUACUUCCAAUUGUCUUCUGCUAGCAAUAUGUACAGUACUGUGUCAGGCUUGUGACAUUUGGGUAAAAAAAAGUUCCUGUAAGUGAAUGAUUUUAGCUUUUAAAAGUAAUUACAAUCAAGUUGAUUUAAUAAUUUGAUACAUCUGGACUGAUGUAUGAUUUAUAGAGGGAACAGAUUUAUAGGGUCUUCAUAGAAUUCUAUAAUAAUGAUAUCAAAAUAUACUUUGCAAACUGUAAAAGAAAAACAAAAGUACUUUCCCAGGCUUAUAUUCCUGACCUUAAGAGGCACGCAGGGUUUAAUGGUUUCUUCUGUUAUUGUUUUGCAAUUUUUGUUUUUUUUGCCUUAAGUAAUGAUAGAAGAUAUAUAUGGCUGGACACAUAUGUAUAAACUUUUCAGCAGCAUUUUUAAUAAUAAAAUAUCACAGUAUUUUCUAAUGCUUUGUGCAAAGAACUACGUGUUCAUCCUUUUGUGUAGAAAGUCUUUCAGAGGUGUUCUUCUGCCCCAUCUGCAUUUCAUUAUCUAAUGUAAACAAUGCCUUGAUACACAGUACAAAAAUAUUAAAGUAACAGAGGUUGCACUUCUAAGUUAGCAUUGAGUUUUCAUGGCUUUUGUAGUUCUAUAAGCCUGCCAGUAAAAGAAAAGAAGCUCAGACAAUGACAACAUAAGAGAAUAAGCUCCAUAUAUUUAUUACCUGUACACACUGCAACUCCCAUUGAAGCAAUGGUUUAAUUAUUCUGUUAGUAUUUUCUGUGGCACUGAAAAAAAGAGCUUAGGUAAGCAGCUUCCCAUAUUAGUGUAGAGCUUAGCAGCUGAAAAAUGUAUCUUCCAAACUAGGGAUCAAACUAAUUCAGAUAAAUCCAAUACAUCCAGCCUCCACAAGUAAAUAUACUUUCAUUUUAUAUUUAAAAUUUAGAUAAACAAUGAGUUUUGUUAGGAAAAAUAUGUAGGAGUAGCAAUAUAAGUUACUCAUAUAUAUUUAAGGGAUUUACAUAUAUUGCAGGUUUGUUAAUAUUCUUCCUUCAAAAGCUGAGUAAGUAAAUAUAAUUUGUUCUUUUAUGCUUUAUCAACCAGGUUCUCUUUCACUAGAAAGGUACAUAGACAUUUUAGUAAUUUGAGCUGGUUAUUGUUUGCUUUCUGUAACUAUUGUUAUAAGACCCCACCUGGAGUGCUGCAUUCAGCUCUGGGGCUCCCAACAUAAGAAGGACGUGGACCUGUUGGAGCGAGUCCAGAGGAGGGCCAUGAAGAUGAUCAGAGGGCUGGAGCACCUCUCCUAUGAAGACAGGCUGAGAGAGUUGGGGCCGUUCAGCCUGGAGAAGAGAAGGAUCCAGGGAGACCUUAUAGCAGCCUUCCAGUACCUGUAGGGGGUCUACAAGGAAGCUGGAGAGGGGCUUUUUAUAAGGGCAUAUAGUGAUAGGACAAGGGGUAAUGGCUUUAAACUGAAAAAGGGUAGAUUUAGAUUAGAUAUAAGGAAGAAAUUCUUCCCUCUGAGGGUGGUGAGGCACUGGAACAGGUUGCCCAGAGAAUCUGUGGAAGCUCCAUCCCUGGAAGUGUUCAGGGACAGGUUGGACGGGGCUUUGAGUAACUUGGUCAAGUGGAAGGUGUCCCUGCCCAUGGCAGGAGGGUUGGAACUAGAUGAUCUUUAAGGUCCCUUCCAAGCGAAACCAGUCUAUGAUUCUAUGAUAUGAUUCUGCUGAAUAGAGGUACUAACAAUAAUGUCAGAUGAAUUUUGAGCAUAUUAUUGAAGAGUAUUUGCAAAGAAAAAUUUCUGACUGAUUCAUUUCAGAUUUUUGAUAAGAAGAAUCAAGCCUCUAAGAUAGAAACAUAUUAUGUGCCUACUGACCUAAUCAAGCAGCUUGAAUUUUGAAUAUUGAAUUUGUAUAUAAAGCUUUUGCAAAUAAACUGCAGAUUUAGAAUUGUUCAGCAAAUAUGUUUAAUUACAGGUACACUUUGAAAUUCCACAGCUUGCUCUGAGAUAAUUCAUACACAAGAAAAGGGGUUACAGUUGUGUCAUUUCUGUGAACUGUUCACCUUAAAUUGCUAGGUGAACUCAAUAAAUUACCUUCUUUUCAGUUAAUCAAUUUCACAUUAAAAAAAAAAGCUUCAGAAGUUUAUUCAUGUUAACUAAAUAUUGUGUUGUUUUAUUUCUUUACUGUCUGAAAUAGAAAUUUUCACAUUCUUAUGUUCCUGCUUUGACUUUGCAAAGAGUAUGACAAUUUAAUGGUAUUUAAUAUCACAUAAAAAUCAUAUGAAAUAAUACCAUGACAAUUAUGUGCUUGUCUCAGAUUUGUAGUUUUACAUUUGUAUUAUUUUAUUGUUGUCAACUGUUUCUCGUAUUUUCACCUACAGCUGUUUGACAUCACAAACCUCAUCAGCCUGAAUCUCUCCAGAGGCCAAUAACAGCUGGUAAAAACUGGGAUCUUCAUCCCACCAGAAAUUAUGAUAUUAUGUAUUUAAUAUCAUAAUAUGUGAAAAAGCUUCUCAGCACCUCACAUUAGCUUGAAAGCACGAUAUGAAGCUUUUAUUAACACAAAUGAAAAAUA